CAUAUUUUUAACUUCACUGUCAACUCAUCACACUCGAUCAGAGGGCAAGCGUCAUUCGGUUAUUUGAAAGCAAAAAAAAAAAAAAAAAUAGAAAAUGGAUACCUUGAUUUCGAAUGCUGACGAUUCUGAAAAAUAUCGCUACAUAUCCCACGUCGAUUUUAUACGGAUUCUUCGUGAUAAAUACAAAGAAGGUACCAAGAGCACUUUUGAAAACAUAAAGGCACAAGUUGAACAAGAAUGUGAGAGAAAAAAACAACAAGCGGAAAAGGCCACAACUUUACUUAAUCACUGCCGCCAGGCCUUAAGCCAAUUGGAUGAACAACACGAAAUGAUUGAAAAUACUCUUAAAGAACAUACCGAAUUGGGAAAAAAGCUGAAUAAACAAAUACGCCAACAGGCCAAUAGCCUAACCAACGAUGAAGAAGCAAUGCGACAACUGCUUCUGGAACUAAGGCAACGCAACCAAUAAUUAGUUUAGUUUGCGUUAUAAUUUAUAUGAAAAAAAAAAUUACACAGAAUAUAAAAGAAUUUAGAAUCUACUCACAUUUUCA